AAGAAGAAGAAGAACGUCUAUUGGGAAAAAAACGUGUCACCGAGUGGCGAAUCACGCGACGAGUCUCUUCUUCAUCUUCAUCUUCAUGUGUUUUCCCCUUCGGUUUUAAAAGCUCCCUUCUUCACAAAAUAUCUAUUUACUCUCUCUUUCUCUCUCUCUCGUCUUAAAGUUUGGACAGAGAGUCUUUAAGGAGUGAAUUAGAGAAGAAUUUGGUUUGGUUAGGUUCUGUUUGUGUUGUUUCAGUGAUUACCCCUUUUUUGGGUUUUUGGUUAUUAGUGAGUUUCCAUGCGUUUGAUCAAUUCCUGGGUUUUUACUCUAUUUUCUGGGUAUCUUUUUGACCUUUGACUUCAAAAAAUUUGUUUUUUUUUUGCGUUUAAAGAAUAAGAUGAAGAACGAGGAACAAUCAAGAUCUCUGUUUGGAAUCUCUCUGUCUGAUCGACCAACUUGGCAACAGUUUCUCAUUUGCACUUCUGGUUUCUUUUUUGGAUAUCUCGUUAACGGAGUUUGCGAGGAAUAUGUUUAUAAUCGCCUUCAAUUUAGCUUUGGUUGGUAUUUCACGUUUAUACAAGGAUUUGUCUACUUGUUCCUAAUCUAUCUUCAAGGCUUCACCACAAAGCAUAUUGUGAAUCCGAUGAGAACUUAUGUCAAACUCUCUGCUGUUCUCAUGGGAUCACAUGGAUUAACCAAAGGAUCUUUGGCUUAUCUCAAUUAUCCAGCUCAAAUCAUGUUCAAAUCCACCAAGGUAUUGCCAGUGAUGAUAAUGGGAGCAUUCAUACCCGGUCUGAGAAGAAAAUACCCUGUCCAUGAAUACAUUUCAGCGUUCUUGCUGGUUCUUGGUUUGAUCCUAUUCACAUUAGCAGACGCACAAAUGUCUCCGAAUUUCAGUAUGAUCGGUAUCUUGAUGAUAACUGGUGCAUUGAUCAUGGAUGCUUUCUUGGGUAAUCUGCAAGAAGCUAUAUUCACAAUGAAUCCCGAGACAACUCAGGCAAGAGACACAAUCAAUAAAACCCGGUUCUUUUCUUUUACCGUUCUGUUUUGUUUCACGUCUGAGAUUCCUUGUGUUGUAUAUUUUUUGCAGAUGGAGAUGCUUUUCUGCUCAACUGUUGUUGGAUUGCCUUUCUUGUUCGUUCCCAUGGUCUUAACCGGAGAGCUUUUCCGUGCGUGGACUGCUUGCUAUCAACAUCCAUAUGUGUAUGGAGUGCUUGUAUUCGAAGCCAUGGCCACAUUCAUAGGUCAAGUCUCUGUUCUAUCGCUCAUUGCUCUCUUUGGAGCCGCUACAACCGCUUUGAUAACUACGGCGAGGAAAGGAGUUACGUUGUUGCUGUCUUAUUUAAUAUUCACGAAGCCGUUAACGGAGCAGCACGGAUCGGGCUUGUUGCUGAUAGCAAUGGGGAUUGUGUUGAAGAUGGUUCCAAUGGAUAGUAAACCUCCGACCAAGAUUCCGGCGAGAUCAGCGGUUAGGAUCGCCGGAGGAGAUGGUGAUAGAGAAGAGGAAGAAGAGAGGAAGUCAUUGGUCUGAAAAUGUGAUUAUAUAAAUUAUAUUUAUGUCAGAAAUUAUAAGGGUUCAUACUUCAUAGAAUAAUGUUGGAUGAAGAAAAUACAACAGGGAAAAAAAAAAGCAAAUAGAGUUAAAAAAAAAGGUGGUUUUAUUUU